AUGCGUCGGAUAUGGCCUGGCACCGCAGUUCCGCAGUUGGACUUGGGCUGGAUUUCUGGACGGCUUGAUGGCUGGAUGAGUAGAUUGGCUGGCGAAGCCGGGUUGCGGCCCUAUCCGCAAACCCGCCGUGAGAUGAAGCAUGGUACUCAGCCAGGCCAGCGCAACCCGCAAUUCUUGUUGCCUUACUCCCUCCCUCCGAGAAGAACUACGGAGGAUGAGGGUGAGGAUGAGGGUGAGGAUGAGGAUGAGGAUGAGGAUGAGGAUGAGGAUGAGGAUGAGGAUGAGGAUGAGGAUGAGGAUGAGGAUGAGGAUGAGGAUGAGGAUGAGGAUGAGGAUGAGGAUGAGGAUGAGGAUGAGGAUGAGGGUGAGGAUGAGGGUGAGGAUGAGGAUGAGGAUGAGGGUGAGGGUGAGGAUGAGGAUGAGGAUGAGGAUGAGGAUGAGGAUGAGGAUGAGGAUGAGGAUGAGGAUGAGGAUGAGGAUGAGGAUGAGGGUGAGGAUGAGGAUGAGGGUGAGGAUGAGGAUGAGGGUGAGGAUGAGGGUGAGGAUGCCGAUGAGGAUGAGGAUGAGGAUGAGGGUGAGGAUGAGGCACUGCAGCCCAGCAGCAAUCACAACCUCACACGCGUCCGUGUACACCCGGGAUCCGUACUCCCCACGGAAUCGGAGCCAGUCCCAAUACCUGCGGGCACACACCACAGGCACCAGCACGGUAAACCACCCUACGAGGCACCACCACAGAUACCGCAAGGAUAA